CAGCCACAUGCGUGCGGGUGAACAUACAGCCUAACUUGGGAGCACCAUCGCUAUGCCUCGGGAUACCGAUAACAGACUGGCCCACCGGCGGCAGACGAUUCUCCGUGAGAAGGGGAGAAGGUUAGCUAACCGAGGACCCGCAUACAUGUUUAACGAUCGCUCAACAAGCUUAUCUAUUGAGGAGGAACGUUUUUUAGAUGCUGCUGAAUAUGGCAACGUCCCGGUGGUGAGGAAGAUGUUGGAAGAAUGUCUCUCCCUCAAUGUUAACUGUGUGGAUUACAUGGGCCAGAAUGCCCUGCAGUUGGCCGUAGCCAACGAGCAUCUGGAAGUUACAGAACUUCUUCUCAAGAAAGAAAACCUCUCUCGUGUUGGGGAUGCUUUGCUUCUAGCUAUUAGUAAAGGUUAUGUUCGGAUUGUGGAAGCUAUUCUCAGUCAUCCAGCUUUUGCUGAAGGCAAGAGGUUAGCAACCAGCCCUAGCCAGUCUGAACUGCAGCAAGACGAUUUUUAUGCCUAUGAUGAAGAUGGAACACGGUUCUCUCACGAUGUGACUCCGAUCAUUCUGGCCGCCCACUGCCAGGAAUACGAAAUCGUGCAUACCCUCCUGCGGAAGGGUGCUCGGAUUGAGCGGCCUCAUGACUAUUUCUGCAAGUGCAGUGAGUGCAGCCAGAAACAGAAGCAUGACUCCUUCAGUCACUCCAGAUCUAGGAUUAAUGCCUACAAGGGCCUGGCAAGUCCAGCUUACCUGUCACUGUCUAGUGAAGACCCAGUCAUGACAGCGUUAGAACUCAGCAACGAGCUGGCCAUGCUGGCCAACAUCGAGAAAGAGUUCAAGAUGGCGAAGAUUAUGCGCGGACCAUUCAUGAAGUUUGUGGCGCACGCUGCUUCCUUCACCAUUUUUCUGGGACUGCUAGUCAUGAAUGCAGCUGACAGAUUUGAAGGCACCAAACUCCUUCCUAAUGAAACCAGCACAGAUAAUGCAAAACAGCUGUUCAGGAUGAAAACGUCCUGCUUCUCAUGGAUGGAGAUGCUCAUUAUAUCCUGGGUAAUAGGCAUGAUAUGGGCUGAAUGUAAAGAAAUUUGGACGGAAGGCCCCAAGGAGUACUUGUUUGAGUUGUGGAACAUGCUGGACUUUGGUAUGUUGGCGAUCUUCGCUGCAUCGUUCAUUGCGAGGUUCAUGGCAUUUUGGCAUGCUUCCAAAGCCCAGCACAUCAUUGAUGCAAAUGAUACUUUGAAGGACUUGACCAAAGUCACACUGGGAGACAAUGUGAAGUAUUACAAUUUGGCCAGGAUAAAAUGGGACCCCUCUGAUCCUCAAAUUAUAUCUGAAGGUCUUUAUGCAAUUGCUGUAGUUCUAAGUUUCUCAAGAAUAGCUUAUAUUUUACCAGCCAAUGAAAGCUUUGGACCUCUGCAGAUAUCACUUGGAAGAACAGUGAAGGACAUCUUCAAGUUCAUGGUCAUAUUCAUCAUGGUGUUUGUGGCCUUUAUGAUUGGAAUGUUCAACCUCUACUCCUACUACAUUGGUGCAAAACAAAAUGAAGCCUUCACAACAGUUGAGGAGAGUUUUAAGACAUUGUUCUGGGCUAUAUUUGGACUUUCUGAAGUGAAGUCAGUGGUCAUCAACUAUAAUCACAAAUUCAUUGAAAACAUCGGUUAUGUUCUCUAUGGAGUCUAUAAUGUUACAAUGGUCAUUGUCUUGCUAAAUAUGUUAAUAGCAAUGAUCAACAGUUCAUUCCAGGAAAUCGAGGAUGAUGCUGAUGUGGAGUGGAAAUUUGCAAGGGCCAAACUUUGGUUUUCCUACUUUGAAGAGGGAAGAACCUUACCUGUUCCCUUCAACCUGGUGCCAAGUCCAAAGUCCCUGUUUUAUCUCUUAGCGAGGCUUAAAAAAUGGAUUUCCGAGAUGUUCCAGGCCCAUAAAAAAGGUUCCCAGGAGGAUGCAGAGAUGAACAAGAGAAAUGAAGAAAAGAAAUUUGGAAUUUUGGGAAGUCAUGAAGACCUUUCAAAAUUAUCACUUGACAAAAAACAGCUUGGGCAUAGUAAACAAUCAAGUGUAAGGAGCUCAGAAGAUUUCCAGUUAAGUAGUUUCAAUAAUCCUCCAGGAAAGUAUCAGAAAAUUAUGAAGAGGCUCAUUAAAAGAUACGUCCUACAAGCCCAGAUAGAUCGGGAGAGUGAUGAUGUGAACGAAGGGGAACUGAAGGAAAUUAAACAGGACAUCUCAAGCCUCCGCUAUGAACUCCUUGAAGAGAAAACUCAGAAUUCAGAAGACCUAGCAGAACUUAUUAGAAAACUUGGGGAGAAAUUAUCAAUGGAACCAAAGCAAGAGGAAGUCAAUAGAUAAUACAAAGACUUCCAUUAAAAAUCCUAUUUAUUUGUUCACUUGAAGCCAUAUUAUUUUCCAGUUUAUUUUUUAAGUGCCAUUGUGACCAUCUUUUAAACAGGAGAAUGUCCAAAGAUAACUUGGGUCAUCCCAUUAUCCAAAACCGAAAUAUUUAAUUUUUUAGUGAUUAAACUUCAUUGUUCAGACUAAAGUUUACAGAUUAUGAUGAAAAUUAUGCCCAGUUGUUUGAUGUUUCCUUGGCUACAACUAUCAUGACAAUGUGAUUGCAUCUAGUGUCUGCCUGGGGAUUGUCUAGGCUGGUUGGAGGCUGACACAGCUCACUGUCCGUGCGGUCUUUACCAUGAACGUGAUUUCAGGUAACUGUUUGCCUGCCUUGUGGGUCCCCUGAUGGUGACUUCCAGCCCUGAAAUCCAGGGACAGAUAACCUGUAGCUAUUUGGAAAAUGCUGUUUAAUCAUCUAUUCUGCAAAGCCCCACAGAAUAUGAUUGUGCAAAGUUGGGUUAAAUCAUACCUAAAUUUGCCAAUUCACCUCUUUGAAAAUGUUACACUUAACAGUGAAAAAGUGCUUCCUCUACUGAGCCCUGAAAACAUGGUUUAGUUGUGGGUGGGUGUGCACGUGCACAUGUGUGUAUGAAAUGAUUGUCCUGUUUUCUUUUGUAGCCAAAAUGGACUCUUAAAACCUCUUUCUCUUUUGAGUUUUACUGUGACUGAAAAAUUGUUGAUUAAAUAUGAACCCUUUAUUGGAGAAAUAUCAAAGUCACAAAUGAUUCAAUUAUUUGGUCCAAAAUUUUAUGCCAUUUCUGAGGCAUUUACAGGAAAAUCCCACAUUUGGCAUUGAGUAUAAAGGAAACUGUGGAAGGAAACUGCAAAUAUUUAUCUUUAUUCUCAGUGCACUCUACCUUCUCUGAAAAUACAUGAAGCAGGGAUCUGUGUUUGUAGGCAUCUAUGUAGGCUGCUCUUACUGAUGAUGUGAGGCUAUAUCUAGGACAAUUAAAAGAAAGAGAUGAAAGUUCAUGUGUUCAGCUACACAGACGACAAACAUUGAAAUGAUGUUUGGCAUUGACUGUAGUGUUUCUUUAAAUUCAGUAAAGAGAGGUUUCAAAUGCAAAUUUUUUACUCCAUGUUAGAGAGAAAAUAGUCACAAAAAUCUAGUUAGCCCCAACUUUGACUUCAUUUAAGUCAAAGUGAUUUUAUGUAACCAGAUAAGAAAAUACAACUGAAAUUUUACAUUCAGUGAUUUUGUAUGUGUGGGUAUUAUUUAUUGAGAAGUUAUUUAGUAAUACAGAAAAGGUAGGCUUUCAAAUGUUUUGUGACAAUUUUUAAAUCAGAAGUUGUAAAAUCAGCCUCAUAGCAAAUGCACUAUCAGCAAAGGAAAAUAAUCUUACAUCCACAAAGCUUCUGUGUUGUGCCAUGAAAGAGAUUGGCCUCUAUGCCAAGGGGUGUCCUGUGACAGCAAAUGGACUUGACUUCAAAGAAUCUAGAAAAAAUAUUCAGAUUCCUCAGUGUCUUUUAAGUCGGGUUGACCUGACAAGAUAUAGGUUUUGGGACCUACAAAAGGAAUGGCUGUGGCCUUCUCAGUCAAAGGCACGACCAUCAAGAGCUACCUCUAUGACUGUUUCAAACUAGUAGGUCCUGAAGUCAGCAGAUCUCCUCAAAGUACAAAUGAAUUGGCACCUCUUCCAAUUUCCUUUCAAUUGGAACAUGAAAAGAAACCAACCACAUUUUAAGAAAGGUUUUAAAAUUCCAACAAGAGCUUAAUUAAAGGCAUAUUGUCAAAGGAUGGUUGCGAGCAUGACUGUCCUGCACAAGUCUCAAGGCCGUUGGCUUAAAAUCCUGCGCUCAUGUUGCAGUCAGCUUAACCUAUAAAAAUAAAAUGAUUAAUCAGAUGAAA